AUGUUCAAAUCACUUAUCUUCGUCGCAGCAGCAAUCGCUCCUGUUGUGGUUCGAGCAGACUUUUGCAAAGCAACAGAUGAUGUCCUGUUCUUCUCGUGGACCGUAAACCUCAGCGGCAUCGAGGGUGGUUGCGACGCGACCGUCAAUGGUCAAAACUUCCAGAAUGUCUUGCAAGGUGAAGAGGGUUGUUUUGCAGUGACCAACUUCAACUGCCAGGAUCCCCAAGGAGGCGGCACUACCUUUACCUUCAACCAGUCCGACUUUUGUGAUGGCGGAUCGGUUGCAGAUGCGGUGCGCCAGGUUUUCAAUGUGGACGGAUUCAGUUGUUCUGGACAAGGUCCGGCUUGA